GCAAGCGCAGCCUCGUUCCUGCAACCUCUUCCCCGCCGCCCGCAGCCUCCUCCCCGCCGCCACCACCACCGCUGCUGCCGCCGCCGCCCCCGGGGCAUGGCCUGUCUGAUGGCCGCUUUUUCGGUCGGCACCGCCAUGAAUGCCAGCAGCUACUCUGCAGCGAUGACGGAGCCCAAGUCCGUGUGCGUGUCGGUGGAUGAGGUGGUGUCCAGCAACGUGGACGACGUCGAGACAGAUCUGCUAAACGGGCAUCUGAAGAAAGUGGACAACAACUUCACAGAGGCCCAGCGCUUCUCCUCCUUGCCUCGGAGGGCGGCCGUCAACAUUGAAUUCAAGGACCUUUCUUACUCCGUUCCCGAGGGACCCUGGUGGAGGAAGAAAGGAUACAAGACCCUUUUGAAAGGGAUCUCUGGGAAAUUCAACAGUGGAGAGCUGGUGGCCAUCAUGGGUCCUUCUGGAGCUGGGAAGUCCACGCUCAUGAACAUUCUGGCGGGAUACAGGGAAACCGGCAUGAAGGGGGCAGUCCUCAUUAAUGGCAUGCCCCGGGACUUGCGCUGCUUCCGGAAGGUCUCGUGCUACAUCAUGCAGGAUGACAUGCUGCUGCCUCACCUCACCGUUCAGGAGGCCAUGAUGGUGUCUGCACAUCUGAAGCUGCAGGAGAAGGAUGAAGGCAGACGGGAGAUGGUCAAGGAGAUCUUGACGGCCCUGGGCUUACUGCCCUGUGCCAAUACACGGACGGGAAGCCUAUCAGGAGGCCAGCGGAAGCGCCUGGCCAUCGCUCUGGAGCUGGUUAAUAACCCUCCUGUCAUGUUCUUCGAUGAGCCCACCAGUGGCCUGGACAGCGCUUCCUGCUUCCAGGUGGUGUCACUGAUGAAAGGGCUGGCCCAGGGUGGCCGAUCCAUCGUCUGCACCAUCCACCAGCCCAGCGCCAAGCUCUUUGAGCUCUUUGACCAGCUUUACGUCCUGAGUCAAGGACAGUGCGUAUACCGGGGAAAGGUCUCGAAUCUCGUGCCGUAUUUGAGGGAUUUGGGUCUGAACUGCCCUACCUACCACAACCCUGCAGACUUUGUCAUGGAAGUGGCGUCAGGCGAGUACGGCGACCAGAACAGCCGCCUGGUGAGAGCUGUGCGGGAGGGCAUGUGUGACUCCGACUAUAAGAGAGAUCUCGGAGGCGACACGGACGUGAACCCAUUUCUCUGGCACCGGCCUGCUGAGGAGGUGACGGAGGACUCCGCCUCCAUGGAAGGCUGUCACAGCUUCUCGGCCAGCUGCCUCACCCAAUUCUGCAUCCUCUUCAAGAGGACCUUCCUCAGCAUCAUGCGGGACUCGGUCCUGACACACCUGCGAAUCACCUCACACAUCGGGAUCGGCCUCCUCAUUGGCCUGCUGUACCUGGGGAUCGGGAACGAAGCCAAGAAGGUCCUGAGCAACUCCGGCUUCCUGUUCUUCUCCAUGCUCUUCCUCAUGUUUGCCGCCCUCAUGCCCACUGUUCUGACCUUUCCCCUGGAGAUGAGUGUCUUCCUCCGAGAGCACCUGAACUACUGGUACAGCCUGAAGGCCUACUACCUGGCCAAGACCAUGGCUGACGUCCCCUUCCAGAUCAUGUUUCCCGUGGCCUACUGCAGUAUCGUGUACUGGAUGACGUCACAGCCGUCAGACGCCGUGCGCUUUGUGCUGUUCGCUGCCCUUGGCACCAUGACCUCACUGGUGGCCCAGUCUUUAGGCCUGCUGAUUGGAGCUGCCUCCACAUCUCUGCAGGUUGCCACGUUCGUGGGUCCCGUGACUGCCAUCCCCGUCCUGCUCUUCUCGGGAUUCUUCGUCAGUUUUGACACGAUCCCAGCCUACUUGCAGUGGAUGUCCUAUAUCUCCUACGUCAGAUAUGGCUUCGAGGGGGUCAUCCUCUCCAUCUAUGGCUUGGACCGAGAGGAUCUGCACUGCGACAUUGCUGAGACCUGCCACUUCCAGAAGUCAGAGGCCAUCCUGAGGGAGUUGGAUGUGGAGAACGCCAAACUGUACCUGGACUUCAUCGUCUUAGGGAUCUUCUUCGUCUCCCUGCGACUCAUUGCCUAUUUUGUCCUGAGAUACAAAAUCCGGGCCGAGAGGUAAAACACCUGCAGGCCGGCAAGGAGGCAAUGCAGACAUUGUGACCAAGGGCACUGCUGGGAGGCAGCGGUGUGCCUGCUCCUGGUGACACAGACUCUCCCAACCCAACCUGGAGGCCAUGCAGGUCGAUGGCGACCAGUGCUCAGCGCCUCUGCCCACCGGGUUGGAACUGUUCGUUUCCUUUUCUAGCUUUAACUAGGAAGAUGUAGGACGGUUGGGAUUUUAUAUAUAUAUAUAUAUGCAGGAUUUAAAACACAACUGAUACAGAAUGUCAUCCUGUGAUCCAGCUGGGGACAAGAGGCUUCCUCAGUAGGUUCCUGCUGGAGUCCAGGACACCUUGGCCUGGAGGAGGAGUGCUGGCCACAUUGGUCCCCAGAGAGGUGGACAUCUUGGGAGGGGAUAAGUCCACAGACGGUGGGACUCCACUUGAUGACUGUCGUUUGUUUCUUCUUUUCUAAAGUUCGUCUCCUUUCUGAUGAAGUCACUUUCCGAGCCAAAGUCGAUAAAUUUCAUUUAUUUUGAGAGACUGUAUCUUUUCCAGUGCUCCAGGACUGGUUCAGGGUAGGAAAGGUGUGUUUUGCUUAGAAAUAGAUGAGUCCCACCUAGCCACCGAGUGAGGCUCACAGCCACAACCACCGAAGGUCAAACGUGGGCUCCAGGCGAGGGAGACCCCCACACACACCAGCUGCGCUGGGCCAGCAGGGACGAAGAGCCAUGCCAACAGUAUGGAGCGGGAUGUUGGCAGGCUAUUUCCAGACCUUUCUUUUUCACAUGCUUCUAUUUUAAGCAAAAUAGAUGAUUUCUUCUAUAGUUUUCUGGCCACUUUCAUUUUGCCCAAGAAGUACAUAGAUCGACCUUGUCGGUUUUUAAAGACCAUUUUCCCCUUUCUCCAUGAAUCACGUUAACUACCUCCACUGAGCCUGGGAAGCCGGCCUGGGGACACAUUGGGUGUGGCCCUUGAAAUACGAGGGCACGUGCAGUGAGGGUGUCAGUGAGGGGCAGGCCGGCUAAGUGGAAGGGGAGGUGCCAUGGAUGUCCCCUUUAGGACACGCAGCUGCUUGCUUCUGGAGCACCGCCGUCCUAGGAUGGAGCCUCCUGCAAAAGCCUAUAUUUUUGUGGGUAGGCCCAUUUACCCCAUGAGCCUUGGUUUCCAUACCUGUAAGUAAUUGCACUAGGUCAUGUUCUGACAGGUCCUGAGAUUCCUCGGUUGUGGCCUUGAAGCUUUCUUAUCUUCCUUGUAGAGAAUGAUAAGGGUCCGAAUUUUACUUAAACGCAUGGAUGUGCUUUGAAAAUAUUUAGAGAUUCUUUUUAUUUUUUUCACUCCUAGAUCUUUUAUAGAGAAGACAAAUGAAAUGCAUAUUACAAUGUAAUUUUCAGUUUGCUCGUUCUAUACAAACAUGGCACUGCCUUCUACAUUCAGCUUUUAACCAGGGACACAAUUCGCUUUUAUAAAAUGUCUUCAUUAAAAAAAAAAGUCUUGAUUUAAUUUCAUGAUGUUAGGCAUUGCAUUGACUCCAGAGAGGAACUGUGGGCUGUCAGCUGGCAAAGCGCAAGUUUAAAGGAAUGGGAGUCGGGCGGUCACUUCGAAGUCAGUGCCAAAGAACCCAUGCCUCCCCUGUCUCCACUGACGGCUCAGUGUAAUGGCUCAUGUUUGGCAAGAUGUGCCAGGGGCUGGGUUUCUGCACUGAGACUGCUCUGCUGUCAAUCAAAGAGGUAGAGUGGUCCAUGUUUCAUGUCUGGGAGAGUGUCUCACCCUCUGGAAGAGUUCUUGCGUGUCCAGGUUCUCCUCGCCACUGUGAGCAGCUGGUCACCACCCCUAAGUCAGUGAGGGUGUGUUGGGGUCCCUCCAUAGAGCAGAGUCUGAGCUGAUGCUACAAGAGCUGGUUCGCUGCUGAUGGGCAGGGUGACGAGGGUAGUUGCUAAAGAAUGUUGACCAGAACGGGCAAGAGAUCAGAAGUCACCUCACGGGACAGCAUUGCUCACUUGUUCUGCAGACUUGAGGAAGGCUGACAGCCAUUCUAGGGGAAGCUACAUCCUUGUCCCUCAUCCAGCGUCCACAGACGCCCUUACCACCUUACAUAUUGGACUCCAGAGAUGCAGUCUGGACUUCUUCCUCUUCCCGCUUGUCUCUGUCAUGGUAGGAGGUAUCCGGCAGUGUGUCCUUCCUGACACUGAUGUUUGAGUCAGACUUCCCUUGCAGUUGGGUUCCAUGUGGCUCUGAGGACCCGGGCCUCCCUUUUAUCUCUGGUUACGUUCCUUCAGUUGAAGGGAGGAUUCCGCCAGGUUAAAGGCCGUAUCCCUCCUCAUGUUAGCAGAGGUAAAACACGAAAGUUCAAAGACUGCAUUUGCAGAGACCUCAUCAGAGAGUGAGGCCUGCGGGGCCCUGCCAGGCUGGGGUUCAGGAAAGGCUGGACGCAAGGGUGGGGCUGCCAUCCUCUGUCCAGCCCCCCUCCUUUGUCCAUCCUGUCCCACUCCCCCACCCCAGCCUCUCCUGCUUCCUGUUAUACCCUUUGUCAAGAGAGAGUUGAACUGGGGGGAGGGGGCGGGGUGAGCCUGUGAGCACUGCAUACAUAAUAGGAGCCAGACUCUCCCUUCCUCACCUGGGGGUGGGGAGGGGCACCAUUAGGACCAGAAAAUGGAGCAUACAACUUUUUAGUAAAAACCCAUCUUAGAAGCCUAAAGAAAGGUCAUUUUAUCAGCCUGAGGCCAGGGACAGACAACAUCCACAAAGCAGAAAAUGCCUCUGGGUGUGUCUGUGAGAACGGAAAACCAGUGUGGAGGUGAGACCCUCCUAGCCUUGGGAGUGUCUGGGCACAGCGCAACGCCUUCCGCUUCUCUAUCUUGUGUUCAUCCAUCACUCCCUCACUGAUCUGCUUUCCCCAUGUUGUUUCAAGCCCUCGGGCAGGGCAGGGACCUUCCUCAGGCCUUGCCCCAGUGGGCAGCUGCUUCACUCUCCUUAUCCAGGUAGGACUGAGGCAGGGAGGUGCUGGCAUGAUGCUGAGGGGCAUCAGAGUCCGUGUCACACACCAGAGUCCACGCUGUCUGGCUUUUCCAGCUGUCAUUGUUCCAACGGUGCAAACAGACCGGAAGUGCUUAGACUCGUGCAAAGUGCAGCACCAUUGCAGUGGCUGCCUCCUCAGCCAUUCUACCGCUAAGAGAAGGCCAAGACAAGAGGCUAGUCUGCUCUUUGUCUGAGGGACUCGCAUCUAAGUGCCCAUGAUGAAUUGUUCUAGCCCGCCCAGGGGUUGACCUCGCCUGUGUCUUAGUGGCAAUAGACCUGUUCUUUCCUGUCUGAGCUUCCCAAGGCAACACUAGUGGGCCACUUCAGGUCAGAGAGACUGGCGUCCAUGCGCUUCGGCUUCCGUGUCGAUACAUGAGUUUGCACAUACACACAUGUGCACACAUGCAGGCCUGCUCCCACACAUGUUGGAUAGUGUUAUUCUAUGGCUCUCCCUGCGUGUCAGUAGCACACCAGCCUCCAGGUCCUUCCCCAUCACGUUACUGCAUGGAGGAAAGACAAAAUUCAUCCAAGCCUGUGGCACAGAUGAACGUCCCGUGGAAAAUCCAUCAAGGCUAUUGAGAAACACCAGCUGAAUGGGAAUGCAACGGAAAGGCAAGCAGAACCCAGCAGGGGAGCUCGAGGAGUGGACUGUGUCAAUAUAAAGUUAGAUACUUGGAAGAAAUAAAGACUGCUAAUAAAAUAUUUUAUAUAUAA